CCCCCUCCCCCCCUUUGUCUCUAUCAAGAACCUGUCACGACUGUCAACCCCCAAACAACAGCAGCAAUGCCCGGCGAUGGAGUUAUUCAUGGCACGACCGAUACCGAGCGUAUCGAGGCCCCCGUGACUGUCAAGGCCUAUCUCAUGUGCGCUUUCGCUGCCUUUGGUGGUAUUUUCUUCGGAUACGAUACUGGAUGGAUGGGAGGCGUGCUUGCCAUGCCUUACUUCAUCCGCCAGCACACUGGCUUGAAGUACCCCGCCACCAUCUUUGGCACCGACACCACCUCGGACGCCUACCUCACCUACAACAAGUCCUUCCACAUCUCUGCCCAUGAUCAAUCGCUCAUGACCUCCAUUCUGUCCUGCGGUACCUUCUUCGGUGCCAUCGCUGCUGGUGACAUUGCCGACUUCAUCGGUCGUCGCCCAACCAUUAUCCUCGGAUGUGGUAUCUUCUCCGUUGGUGCCAUCCUGCAAACUGCCUCCACCACCCUUGCCGUCAUGGUCGUUGGCCGUCUGAUUGCUGGCCUCGGUGUCGGCUUCAUCUCCGCCAUCAUCAUUCUGUACAUGUCCGAGAUCGCGCCCAAGAAGGUCCGCGGUGCUCUCGUGUCCGGUUACCAGUUCUGCAUCACCAUUGGUAUUCUCCUUGCCAACUGCGUCGUCUACGCCACCCAGAAACGCGAUGAUACCGGAUCCUACCGUAUCCCCAUCGCCGUGCAGUUCCUGUGGGCCAUCAUCCUCGCGACUGGUCUCUUCUUCCUGCCCGAGUCCCCCCGUUUCUUCGUCAAGAAGGGCAAGCUCGAGCAGGCCGCCAAGGCCCUCGCCUCCGUCCGUGGCCAGCCAGUUGACUCCGACUACAUCCAGGACGAGCUCGCCGAGAUCAUCGCCAACCACGAGUACGAGAUGCAAGUCAUCCCCCAGACCACCUACCUCCAAGGCUGGGCCAACUGCUUCCACGGCUCUAUCACCAAGGGCUCCUCCAACGUCCGCCGCACGAUCCUCGGCAUAGUCCUCCAGAUGAUGCAGCAGCUCACCGGUAUCAACUUCAUCUUCUACUUCGGAACCGUCUUCUUCACCUCCCUCGGCACGAUCAGCAACCCCUUCCUCAUCUCCCUCGUGACCACCCUCGUCAACGUCCUGAGCACCCCUCUCGCCUUCUGGAUCGUCGAGCGCUUCGGUCGUCGCCGUAUUCUCAUCAUCGGCGCCACUGGGAUGGUCAUCGCCCAGUUCAUCGUCGGUAUCAUCGGUGUCACCGCUGGUUCCCCAGACAGGAACAACCAGGCUGCCGUCAAGGCCAUGAUCGCCUUCAUCUGCAUCAACAUCUCCUUCUUCGCCACCACCUGGGGCCCUAGCGCCUGGGUCGUCAUCGGCGAGAUCUUCCCUCUGCCAAUCCGCUCGCGUGGUGUCGGUCUCUCCACCGCCUCCAACUGGUUCUGGAACUGCAUCAUUGGUGUCAUUACCCCAUACCUGGUCGGUACCGAGAAGGGCCAGGCCAACCUCGGCGCCAAGGUCUUCUUCAUGUGGGGCGCCCUCUGCUGCAUCUCCCUCGCCUUCGCCUACUUCCUCGUCCCCGAGACCAAGGGCCUCUCCCUCGAGCAGGUCGACAGGAUGCUCGAGGAGACCACCCCGCGCACCUCCAACAAGUGGGUCCCCCACUCCACCUUCGCCGCCGAGAUGCACCUCGCCGACAAGGGCAUCGUCAUCGGCGAUCGCCCGGCGACCGCUCCUCGCACCGAGAAGGUGGAGGUCGUCACCUCUGCUAAGGAGGAUGUUUGAGCGUGCGUUGCGGGAGGGUUGUGUUAGGCCCCGUCGAGGUUUCUGCUGUCCCGAUCUCUUUGGGCACGAUCGAUGAUGGGUGUCACCCCCUCGGGGUAGGAAGUAUGAUAUGGAUGUGUAAAGGGGUUUUACUAGCGUUUUAGUUAAUGGAGAUGGAGAGAGUUAAUGGAUCCUCCUUCUUGAAAUUCUUUUGGUUUUGUUUGUGUGUGUGUGUGUGACUGUGACU